GUCCUACUGUAAAAUUUAAAAAAAUUUACCCAAUGGAUCUUGAUUCCAAACGACUUCAUAAAAUUAAUUUAAAUUGGGUUAUAAAUUUAUAUAAUUUCUCAAAGCCGAAACUUUGAAAACAAAAUAAAUUUCAUCGGACACCUUACUUUAUUAAUUUCAAUGUUUUUUCUUCCUAAUCUUGCCCUCUUCCACCGCGGAACAGUGUGAGGGGUUCUUGCUUACAGAGACAAGAUUCUGGAACUUGAAACAGCUAAUUUCGCCUGUUCCAGUACAUACCGUCUCUGUUGAAUACCUCAUGGACUGCUACUUCUCAAGUGUUUCUGGAUCUUUCUCUUGUUUUUCUUCUCUCUCUCUCUCGUUUCCUAAAUAGUUUUGGCAAUUCUUCCCCUUGCAUUAUUUAAACGUGACCGAACCACUGAAGCUGAUUCUCUUUAAUUAUAUGUACGACCAGUUUAAUUUUCAAAUUACUUCUAAUUGUUAUAUUUCUUAUCGUAUCUCUUCUUGUUUUUCCUUAUAUUCUCCUCAGGAACCUCCUCUCUAUUGCUUGCAUUUGGCUCCUAUGUCUUGAUGUAAGAGUCUACGACUCACUGGCGUAGGUCAUUAUGAGUAUGAAUGCUGUAUUAUAUACUAUUUUUAUCUUCUUUCCCUGGAAACCAGAUGAUAGUGAAUGUAAGCGUUUUCCAGCCAAUUUUAUUCCCUGUCUGAUUUACCCGUCUCUCCAGUUUUUUUAUUGAAAUGAAUCCACAAGUACCUGAAGUCUCUGACUUGUUUCACCUCCUCUCCCUUUAGUCGAAGUAUUCUUUCCCUACGUCAUUUCUCCAUUCCAGUCCUCAUUAUUUCCAGUCCCACUUACUUUGUUUUGCUGGUGUUAAUCUCCAUAUUUAUCAACUGAGAUUCUUCAUGUAGGAAUCUGAGGUUGAGUUGUAAUUUUCUUCCGUUAUUUCCAAAUACGACUAUAUCAUCAGGAUAUUCAAGGAGUGUGAGAUAAACGGUUUUUUUUUUCUCUGAAGCCCAGCCAAAGUUGUAUCAUUUCAAUUUCAAUGUUGAACAUAUUAAAACGAUAGUUUGAGCUCUUGACUCUACUCUAUACAAUAAAAACUGUGAAUUUAGAAAGUACUUAAUUAUUUCAAUACGACAAUAUUAAUUUUAUGAAAUUUCAGAAGUGCAGCCGUCAUCGACUCAAUCCAAGUGACGGUAAAUUAAAACAAGUAUUUUUUUCGAUUGGUGUAUUAAUUAUGUUUUUACAUUAUUUGACGGAACAUCAAUCAAAUGAUCAACAAUAACAACACAUUGUUUAAUUCUUUUAUUGCAGUUCUGUUUUUUUUUGGAGUUUGGAGAGACUUUAUAAUUUUAGAAAUUUGUUUUUAUGAUUGAACUAUGAAUGACUUGAACUUGGCAGACUGACUGAAGAAGAAUCGUUGAAGACUUUAUUUAUCAAUGGAGGGUAUACUAGAUGAACCUAAGACAUACGUAAACUGUACUAAUGUAGGAAUAAUAGAUGCAUCUCUGAACGAUUAUUAUUGUGUAUGUGGUAAAGUAGUUUUGAUCGUGAAUAAACCCUUACAAAAAUUGCCUUUGAGGAAAACGGAUGGUGCAAGGGUACUCGACAGCAAGAAGCACGUUUACAAAAUUAUUGCCGAAACGGAACCAGAGACAGUCCACAUCCUGCGGAAAAAGGGAGUAGAGAAGCAGUUUCGACUCAAGUGCAAAUAUUGCAAACUUUCUGUCUUUUACAAGCACGAUACCAAUAGCGGGGUCACAUUUAUCCUCAAAAAUGCCGUAUUCGGAAAGAUUAAUACUGAGUUGGGAGAAAAGGGUGUCCUCCUAAGGAAAGGCGAAACGCAGAUAACAUCGUCAGAAAUGGCAACUAAAGACAGAAAAAACAAGAUUAGCGGCUUGCGUUUGACUAGCUAUAAAGAAAAUUACCAGAUCAUCAAGCAAGUGCUUGAAAAGCAAGGCAAAUGGGAAAAGUGUCAGGCCAUAAGUGGUGAUCCGAGUAAUUCUCAAUAGGGAAAAUACAGAAAAAUACGAGUAAUAAAAAAGACAACAAUAUGCUAGAUUAGAAUCUAUUACGGUGUAUUAACCCUGAAUCAUAGAUAGGAAUAAUCAUAAUCAACGAUUACAGUUAUCAUGAUUACGUGAUAACUAUCACAGUGAUCUUAAUUAUAUGAUUAUAGUGAUCAGAUUUCCGAUUACGAUUAUAAUCAGGUAAUCAUGUCACGUUUUUGCUAUAUUUAUAGUGCCAUUGAAUAAGUAUAAAAUAAAAUUUUAUUUUCAGUUGUUA